AUGGCGACCGACGACGAUAACUUCGAUAUUGACAUCUACGGCGAUGGUACUUACAGUGCCAAUGACGCCACUACCCAGGAUGACUCUGAGCUUGCCCUCGAUGUUCCUGGAAACUUGCCUGCCUCCAGCUCCGGAGCAAUUGACCGGUCGGAUCCCCAGUCUUCGAAUGUUACCGAUCAGGGUCAAGCUCAGCGCCCCGCUCCCCAAGCUCAGCCCACCCAGCCCACCCAGCCCACUCAGCAGGUGAACUCUACCUCUGGCCCUCAGCAGCAAGCCUCAACCCACGCUUUGCCUGCUCCUCCUCAGGGCACCAAGAGAAAGGAAAUCGACGAACCCUCCGACCCUUCCGCAACCAAUGCAUUGCAACUCGGCGAGCUUGCUUGGUGGAAAACCGAAGAAGAUGUGCGCGGCACGAUCAACCAGGCCGGCGUCGAAAGCGAGCUCAAGGAACUGACCUUCAGCGAGCACAAGGUCAAUGGAAAGAGCAAGGGUCAAGUCUACGUCAAGUUCACCACCCCUCAGGCUGCUACCGCUGCCAAGCAUGCCAUUGAGCAGACUGGCGAGCCAGGUCGCAAGCAUACCGCGAUUUACGCCAACCCCAACGUGAACCCUUACAAGACUUUGCCCAAGGACACGCCCAUGCGCGCUGGUCCCAACGCUCGUGGUGGCUACCAGGGCGGUUCCAACUUCGGCCACAACAACGCUGGCAACUUCCGUGGUGGACGCGGCAACUACAACAACAACCGUGGCAACUACAACAACUACAACAACCGUGGUGGCCACAACAACUUCAACCAAAUGCCAUUCCAGGGCAACCCCAACCCCAUGAUGGGUAACUUCACCGGUGGUAUGGGCGGCAUGCCUAACUACGGGUUCAACAACCGCGGUGGCCACAUGAUGGGCAACCCGAUGCGUGGCGGUCCUGGCAACCGUGGUCGUGGCGGCAACCACAUGGGAGGCCACAACAUGAUGCCGAUGGGUAUGAACCCCGCAAUGAACGCAAUGGGCGGCAUGGGCCCAAUGAACAUGAUGCAAGGAAUGGGAGCGAACAUGGGUGGCAAUAUGGCCAUGCCGGGUCAACCACCCUUCCAGGGCGGCCCCGCCCAGCCCUUCAACCAGGGCCAAGGCCAGAACCCCGGUGCCUUCUUCAACGGGCACCAGGGUGGCCCUGGCUCUAACCCUCACGGCGCCAAGCGCAGCCGUCAGGAUUAG